UUCGGAAAGUACCCACAAGGAAAAAAACUACGAAUAAUAAUUUCACAGACGUACGGACAGAUACUUGAAUCAUUGGGUUGAUUUGUUUUAUUUUCGUGGCCGAGAUAAUGCGGCGACAUGAAGGUAAGGCGAACGCGCGUGAAAUGGAACGUAAUCGCCAGUUGAAGCUUCGAGACCGCGCAUGCGCUGCGAUGAAAAUGGCCGUUGAAAUUACGCGGGAAUUGAAUAAAAGUUUUAUUUCACGUAAAUUGAAUAUACAUCAAAUAAGAAAAUAAUUAGUUCUAUUGACAUUUCCAAACCAAAGAUAUUUUUAUGUUAUAAUUAUGUAAUUUGUAAAAUGUGCACAAAAGCGGAUUGUUUAAGAUAUGUUGUGAUUUUUUUAGUGUUUAUAAUUUUGUGUGAUACUAAAGUUAUGAAAAGUGGUAAAACUAAAUAUAAAAGGAAAAUUAACGAUGUGCAGCGCGUGUGGCAUAAUGAUGUGGCGGAUAAAAUACACAAAAAUUCGACAUCGUUUAACGAAGGGAGAGGAUUUUUCUUCCACGGAGGUCUCUUCGGCAUCAGCAAGGUGCUGAACUUCUUCCCAGUGGGAGGGGAGCGGGAGUGCCAGCCUGUGGGAUACAACAUCGCUAAAGCCGGCAUAUGCCUCAACGCGUACGACUGCCGGCAAAGAGACGGCAGGGCUGCUGGCGACUGCGCGCAAGGACUGGGUGUUUGUUGCGUUUUUGAAGUAUCUUGCGGUGGCGCUGUCCAAAACAACUUGACAUACUUCAUGUCCCCUGGUUUCCCGGAGUUGUGGAGCGGCGAGGAAGACUGCAACAUCACCAUCGACAAGACCUAUGCCGGCAUCAUGCAGCUCAAAAUCGACUUCAUACACUUUACUAUUGGACAACCAAACAGAACGACAGGCGAAUGUGACGAAGACGCAAUGGUGUUAGGUGACGGUGAGACAAAGUUCACGCUGUGCGGGCAGAACCACGGACAACAUAUAUAUUACACAUUAUCAAGCAAAAGUGAGAGACGAGAGGCAGAGGACCUACCAGGGACGAAGACGACGCACCUGUCGAUGCGCAUGCGCGGGGGCGACAUGCCGCGCCUGUGGCUGAUGCGCCUGGCGCAGAUGCCGCUCGCACAAGCCGCGCCGCAGGGCUGUCUGCAGUACUACACUACGGAUAAUGGCACAAUAAAGACGUUCAACUACGCAACAAACGGCCGGCACCUGUCGGAUCAGGAGUACAAGGCGUGCGUGCGCCGCAACGUGGGGCGCUGCGGCGUGCGCUACGUGCCGUGCGACGCGCGCUCCUUCAGGAUCGGGCUCGGCGGAGACGCGCCCGACCUCAUCGACCCCGCCGUCACACAACCGGUAAUGAACCCAGUUUCCGACGAGCCGAGUGACGAUGACGGCUCUGGGAUGGAUCCUCAAAUCGAGACGCCGUCGGAAGACGAAGGACCCGUCAUGCUGUCUAGGAUCUGGAGUUAUAUGUGGUCUUGGUUGGGCGGGCAGAGCUGGUGGGGCCGCGGGGCGCGUUACCAUGGCAACGCGUGGGCUCGCUGGUCGCCGUACGCGCAGCACUACGGCGACGACUCCUUCAGGUACUUCGGGUACGGGAACUUCGGGGUGGGGCUCUCGGGGUACGGGAGGCAGCGGUGCCAGGACAGGAUCACCAUACCGUGCGAGAACGAGUACUUUGUGUCGAGUUCCUAUGGCACAGGGGUGUGCGACCCCCACCACUGCGGGAACACGUUCUGCCCCGGCCAACACGAGCAAUGCAGAGUGGAGACCUCUGUAACGCCCUUUGCAGUGUCCGUGCAUUUCGGACCCCCAACUAUAAAGCGAAAUCCUGAAGAGAAUAUCGGAGUGUGUCUCAGGUACACCCAGCUGCCUUGUGAUUCUUAGUCAAUAGGAUUAGUUUGAAAUCGAAUCUUGGACCUUGUGUUGGUAGAUAAUACUGUCAAGUUCAAGAUAAAAAGGUUUUAAAGUAACAGAAGUGUUAAACAAAAAAGAAAAGACUUUUUUUAUAAAUUAAAUUUUCGUUUAAAGUAUUUUGAACUCUAUGUCAUUUAAAGUCAGCAUAAAAUUUCUAAAGCCAAAACAUCGUGUAAACGGUACAGAACAUUAAAUAUAAAAUUCCUUGUUACUAUUAUAGAAAAUAAUUUAAGCGUAUGCUUAGACUCGUUACGGAAAUUAGGGGCCAUUUCCACGUGCGAGUAUAUCGCGGCGUUUAUAUUUCUACAUUCUAGUUUAAGCUUCAAAAGGCUUUGCUAAUGUAUUAUGUGAUUUUGGAUGAUAAUUUAUAAAUUCUGAAAUUUUCGUAUAUCUACGCCUUUAAACUUAUAAAUAAAUAUCUGUUUAUUGUCUGAUCUACAUAUCUAUUAUUUUUAAACGUUGUGAAAUUAAAAAGGCAAAACUAGGCAACUCUGUUCAUGCUGACCGCGACAGCGGUUCGGGCAGCGCCGGUGUUUAGUCUCUCCUUACUUAUGUAUGGAUUACAAACCUCUCCUAACUCCUAACUUAUGUAUGAUUACAUUGUUAAUCGAUGUGCUUGUGUGUUAAUGGAUCCACGAAUAUAUUUUGUACGGUGUUUAUAUACUUUUGGGACGAUUAAAAGCCAUCAAUUAUUUAUAAUUUCUAAAAAUAUUUUUAAGAUUUUCAUUUUCAGCCCUAAUCGUUACUUUAAUUUUAAACAUGCAGUACAUCUAUGAUUCAUUUAGUUAAUUCAUGAAUACCGCUGCGUGUAAUGUCGAUGGACAUGGCCCCUAAUAGAAAUCUCAGAAGAAUUUUCUUAAAAUGUUUUUUAAUUUAAUUAGGUGCCAUCAAGUAAACGAAUUCUACUUUGUAAAUAUUUAUACUCUUUAAGUGCUUAAAUGUUUAUUUAUUUUAAUGUUAUCGCCUUUGUGUUAUUAAAAUAUGUUUUGAAUUAA